GUUUGGCUGUUCUGUUUCUGUCUUGUCUGUUCACGUGUUCGUUCUCAUGAUGUUCGCCUCAUUAUAGAACAGAAUUAUUUAAAUUUGCCUGUUAUGAUUUCGCCGUAUCGUUGAAUAAUUUGUAAAGUAAAUGUGCAAAUGCAAAGAGGAAUGUAUGCUGCUUCUUCAGAAUGAGUUAAUCUCAUAUGAAAAUUUGUUCAAGAACGUAUUUUACCUGCAAACUUCUUUAUGAAAGUUUUCCAUUUCAACUUUUGGUCUUACUCUACAUGUGCUGCACACUCGAAGAAGAAUGAACAAAUUAAAGCUACUUCGCCCUUCCUUCUGUUCUGCCGCUGCCAAGGCUGCAAGUUCCUCUCCUUCAGCUGUAAAUGACGUUUGUGGAGACCUUACACUGUCUGUUAAACCUUUCACUGAGAUCCCUGGACCCAAGUCUCUGCCAGGCAUUGGAACACUGUAUAAUUAUCUUCCCUUCAUAGGUAAAUAUUCAUUCGACAGACUUCACCACAAUGGUAAGAGUAAGUUGAAUGAAUUUGGUUCUCUCGUGAAGGAAGAAAUCAUCCCUGGUGUGUUUGUUGUUUGGGUUUUCACCGUCGAAGACAUAGAAACAGUGUAUGCAUCUGAGGGCCAGCAUCCAUUAAGACGAUCCCACCUGAUUCUUGAAAAGUAUCGCAAUGACAAUCCUCACAUUUAUAAUUCGGGUGGGCUCCUCCCAACGAAUGGAUUAAAAUGGAUGGAACUUCGCAAAGGUUUCCAAAAAGGGUUGAGUCGAGUUCAAGAUGUUCGACUAUUUUUACCGGAAAUCAAUUCCAUCAUGCAAGACUUCAUUGAAUUUCGGCUCAAAUCACAGUCCCAUCAUGAUGAUUUUUUGCCUGAUCUCUCCCGUCUUUUUUUAGAAUUAACUGUUUCAAUUUCAUUCGGAGAGCGUUUGAAUAGUUUCAGUCUGGAGGAGAAAGAUCCCUCGUCAAAAUCAUCUCGUUUGAUUGAUGCUGCUUUCACAGUUAACAGCUGUAUCUUGAAGUCAGACAAUGGGCCUCAAUUGUGGAAGAGGUUUCGAACUCCAAUUUAUCAGAAGUUUGAAGCAGCGCAUAGCUAUCUUGAAAAGGUGGGCUGCGAAUUAAUUGAAAAAAAAGAGAAAGAAUUGAAGAAGAAAAGUUCUGAUGAUUCCGUUGAAAAACUAUCACUUGUGGAACAGUAUUUAAGAGCUAUUUCCAGCCCUUCAUCAAAACUUGAUAUCAAGGAUGUGAAUGGAAUAGGUAUUGAUUUUUUACUCGCUGGUAUUGACACUUCCUCCUACACUAGCUCGUUUGCCCUCUAUCACCUGGCAAAGAAUCGAGAAAGCCAAGACUUAGUACACAAAGAGGUCAAGAAACUGAUGAACAAUCACAACUCAGACGGCACUAUCACAGCUGAAAUGUUGAAAAAUGCAUCCUACACAAAAGCUGUUGUGAAGGAAGUUUUACGAAUGAACCCAAUAUCAGUUGGUAUUGGUCGUAUACUAGCCAAAGAUGCUGUACUUUCAAAUUAUUUUGUUCCAAAAGGAACAACUGUUGUUACUCAAAAUCAAGUAUCGUGUAGACUGCCUGAAUACUUUAAGAACCCAGAAGAAUUCAGACCUGAACGCUGGUUGAAAACAAGUCCUCUCUACCAACCUGUUAGUCCUUAUCUUGUUUUACCCUUUGGUCAUGGACCGCGGGCUUGCAUUGCCAGGCGUUUGGUUGAACAAGAGCUCUGUGUUCUCAUAAUGAAGGUAAUGAAAGAUUUUCAAAUCGAGUGGAAUGGCAAAGAGACCUUGGAUAGUAAAUCUUACCUCAUUAAUAAACCCGAUGGACCUAUUUCUCUAAGUUUCCUGAGUCGCACAUAAUUCCAGAUUCUAGCAUUUCGGGAAAUUUUUCAUGUAUCCAGUGAUUGAAGGUCCUGUUUUAGUACCUGCGUAAAAUCCAACUACAUAUUGUUUCUAAAAAUUACUUUUGAGGUAAUUUUGAAACAGAUGAAGAUCACCCUUGAGCAUUAUCAUCUUGCACGUUGUUUUGCUUCUGAAGCUAUCUACUUAAUUGAAGAAGAAAUUUAAUAUUGAAUGAUUUUCCAGUCCCUCUAAUUUUUGAGUCGGUCAGCAAAAACUUAGCAUCAAGCUGAUGAAUGCUAGCUCACAAGGUGCGGCCAACUCAGAUGCUUCCAAAAAAAAAAGUAACUGGGGAGCUAAAACUUGGAUAAGCGACAAAGAAGCCACAUUGUAGUGCAAUGGUAUAUUUUGAUAGUCUCCCUAAAAUAUUUCUCAGGGUCUUCCUAAAAAACCACCAGCGAGAAAUUUAAAAAAACAAGUGCCUUCCAAAACUUUUCUGUGAUUUUAAUUAAGUUAUUAUCCCCUUGAAACUCAGAUAAUUAAACUUUGGUUUCUGUAGAGGCCACCAAUAUUUAUUUGCCGAGGAAGAAAUCUCAAAAAAAUGAAUUUUUAUUCAUUUUUUUCUCACCAGAUAUGCUCUGCAGCAUCAUAUGCUAGGUGUCCAAGUUCAUAAUUGAAUCAGGAAGUUUUACUCCUACGCAUUUUCGUAGAGCCUGUAUUGUAAACAUUUUUUAUGCCCAAUGUCUUGGUAGUUCUCCAAAAUUCUUGCAACGGUUCUAUGUUGAACUUUCAGUGGCCUCUAAGUUUUUUCUUGAUUAAUUUAAUAUAUUGGCUGCAGAGCCACUCUACUUAGAGCAGCAUUGUGCUUACAAAUUUCAUCGAGCCGACUGUUCUGUGAUAGUAUUUAUUUUAAAGAGUGGCUACCAGCAAACUAGUGCACUCUUUAUCAUCCCUAUUGCAACUGAAACACUGUCUACACUUGUCACUGAAGUUGCCCAUGCACACAUGAGCCUCAGCAAGAUGGCAAAUGAUUGUUAUGGAGGCAAGCCAGCUCGUCUCAGUUUUGUCCUCUGAAAUGGGGUGGUGGCAUAAACUGCAUUUAAUUUUAUGGGCCAGUACUAACUGUGUGAUUUACUGAAAAAAUUACACAGUUUACUCAAAAAUGGGGCCGCUGCAUGAUCCAGGAGUAGUCUUAAAAGCUGGUGUUUUUUGAGUUAAUAAGUAGAGACGCAUUCCAGAACUUAAAAAAGCUCAAAACAGUUUUUCUGCCAGGAAAAAAGGGCUUAUGUUUGUAGUGAAAUAUAGAAAGUUUCUCAGUGGCCUGAAGCCGGUGACAUCCUAUGAAGUACCCACCCAUGAUUUGCCCAUCGACUGUGGAUACCCACCCACCGUAAAUCGUACAGCACAUGACCGCCUUAAGAUUAAGUCACAAACAAUUUCAUUUAAAAAAAAAAAAAGAAAAGAAAAAAAAAGUAUUCCUUGCAAAUAGCACUGACACUAGUCAAGAAACAUAACCUUUUGUUAAAAGUGCUACUGAAAAGCAAAUAAAAUAUGUAGGAGAAAGGAUACACAAUGGUCAAUUCUUCAUGUCGAAUCACAGCAUCUGUCUUGGCAAUGUUUUUCCAUUUAAAAUGGAGUAGAAUUUUUUGCUACUUCGAUAGCUUUUCCUCUCAGCUAGCAUUCAAUCACAGAGAUGGAAAAUUGUAGAAACCCUCAUUUUUUUGCAUACUUCCCAAAAAUAAUUUUAAAAACAUUUUGCAACAGUUCCAUUAUUCAUCAUAAUACCACUGACAAAUUAAGGGAGAUUGUUAAUAGAGGUUCGCAUUCAGUGUCGGUAUAGAGGAGGCGACGUACACCAUGCUACUGUCCUCAUAAUAUUGCGAGACAGCCAUCUUGUUUAAAUUUAAUUGCUUGUUGUUUGUUAGUAUUUACGAAUUAUUGUGUCGAUUUAUUUGUGGUUUUACAUGUCCUAUUUUUUUAAACUCAGUGUUCAGGCACAUUUUAUCCGUGUCUUUGUUUCAGAGUUCCUAAACAUUUUUACUCAAAGACAACAAUGUAUACCUACUUUUCCACCAUGUUUUAUUUGGGAAGUAAACUUUCUAAAACUGA